AUGUUGGAUCUGUCUGGAUUUUUUGUGGGUUCUAUUUAUGGAGUCAUAUUUGAAUUGUGUUUGCGUUCCGUGGGUGCCUUUGGCUUUGCCUGGGGUUUUCACAAUAGUUUUCGUGUUAGAGGUCCUGGAAGUGCUGAAAAGCCACCUCAUUUGGCUUUGGCUUCUGCUCUUGAGGCUUACGAAGGGACUGCUGAAGAGUUUGCUGCCUUAUCUGUUGCAUUAUUUAGGGCUCUGAACCUUACUGCUCGAUUUGUGGCUAUUCUGGAUGCGGCCUCAUUAAAGCCUGAAGUAGACAAACCAGAGUCUAGUAGUCAAGCUUCGGGUGUUUCACCUGUUUCUCCUUUGACACCUCUACCAUCUAAUGACAAAGACAACUGUCACCGGACAUCUAGGAGAUCCAAAGGAAAAGCUAAGAAGUUACUGGAACUAGAUCCUGAUAUUAAAGAUUUCUCUGGUGAUGAUACAUUCAAGGACAUAAUACCCAAGCCAUCAGCUCCUUCUGUAUGUCAAGAUGGUCUAUCUGAUGCAGAGUUGGCUACAAAGACACAGAGAUCAAAGAAAAAAGGAGAUCUUGAAUUUGAAAUGCAGUUGGAAAUGGCUAUUGCUGCCACAGCAAUUGAAAGUUCUAAAACUGAUGUGGACUCAGAUAUAGUGGAAGUGCAUGAUAUGAACUCACAACUCAUUUCUCCUUCAAAAAAGAUUAAACUAGUGAAGAUAGAAGAUUCUCCAGUAUCUUCUUCUGUGAUGUCAAUAGCUAUAGGGUCACGAAAAGUUGGAGCUCCCUUAUACUGGGCAGAAGUGUAUUGCUGCGGCGAGAAUUUGACUGGAAAAUGGGUGCAUGUGGAUACUGUCAAUGCAAUUAUUGAUGGAGAGCAUAAAGUGGAAGUAGCAGCAGCUGCAUGCAGAAAGCCUUUGAGAUAUGUGGUAGCGUUUGCAGGACAUGGGGCUAAAGAUGUGACCCGCAGGUAUUGUAUGAAAUGGUACAAGAUAGCAUCACAGCGUGUUAAUGAAAUUUGGUGGGAUGCUGUAUUGGCACCCUUGAAACAGUUGGAGUCACUUGCUACUGGUAGCAUUGUUCACUUGGAGCAGGAAGCUUCAACUGUGAAAAGGAAGAUGGUGGCUUGUGAAGAAGCUGAUCCUAAAAGUAGCACCUUAAAGAUGAUGACAGUUGAAGUCACGACCUAA